AUGAAACCUCGUCAACAUGACGUCCCGGAUUAUGGAACCGGCAUCCUUCCGGUAAUACCUCCAGACGCAUCUUUACCGGACCGUGAUCCACGCAGCAAUGCUGCUACCGCCGCUUCAGCAGCUGGUGCACGCGCUUUGAGUACCCAACUCAUUGCCUUUUACUUCCGUGCACCGGCAAAGGCUUUCUUCAGAACGCGAGUGGAUUAUCUUGCGUAUGCGAGAAUUAUUCAUCAGACGCAGACGAAGCUAUUGAUGAAAGCUGCCGCAAACGACGCUUCUGCUUCGGCACUGACUACCUUCCUUCGUCAAAGUUGGUUAUUAUUAAGAAGUACGACACCUGGAGUUUUGACGUCAGCUAUCAAGCAUCAAGGAUGGGGAAUUGUGCCAAAUCAGAUUCUGCCGCCUCUUAUUGCGAAUGUCGGUGUUGGAGCAGUCUUGUACACGAGUUACCUCCAGAUUUUAGGACAACUUCAUGAAGAGAGCGGCCAAGCACGGACAAGAGUGUAUCCACCACCUCACCCAACGCAUACCUUCACAGCUGGUCUACUCGCUGGUGGUCUUCAAAGUGUUUUAGCAGCACCUUUAGAUGCCCUUCAGGCACGGUAUGACCACACAGAUCUUAUGCCGAACGACGGCAGUGGCAAGCCCAGGAGUAUGUGGAAAUUUGGCUGGGAGAAACUUCGAGAAAUCGGCCUCAGAGGAAUUUUCGCAGGAUGGGGCUUGUCUCUUGCGAAGGAUAGUCUUGGAAGCGCCAUUUUCUUCAGUACAUUCGAAUACGUCAAGGCACAGGGUUACUACCGCUUCGUUACAUGGUACUAUGGUGGUCUGGCACAGGAUAUUGUUGAUGUGUUAGCCAUGAAACGCCCGACGCACCGCCAUCGUGAAGAAGAAGGCAUCAGGCUCAUCCGACCACAUUACGCCCUGGAACCCAUGUUUCUUCUUCUCGGCGGCUUGAGUGCUUCAUUCACUCAGCAGAUUCUCCUCCAUCCUUUGACGCAUUUCCAAGUCAAGCACUGGGACCACCUCGAAGACCUUGAUGCGAAAGCUUCCAAACUGCGUGCUUCCCAAGUAGCAAAUCCCGAAAAGCCACAUCGACGAUGGAGGAUGCUGCGUGCCUACUACCGCGCUUAUCAGGAAUCUCUCGCUGUUUGCAGAGGCGAAGCAGCAGCAGAAGGGUUGAGUCUCACGAAAUGGCUUUAUCGCGGAUUCUGGUGGAAUGCGAUUCGUCAAGUACCCAGCACCAGUGCAGGCUUGAUCAUUUUUGAAUUGAUCAGGCGCAAGUACGGACUUGGACAAGGAGAGGUGAGAAUCACAAAGGAUGGGUAUGACAUUCUACUUCACUAA